GCAGCUGAUGGAAAACCAGAUCAAUGUGGUGGAACGAGGAGCAUUUGACGACAUGAAAGAACUAGAACGGCUACGACUGAAUAGGAACCAGCUGCACACUUUGCCAGAGCUCCUCUUCCAGAAUAACCAGGCAUUGUCACGGCUAGACCUGAGUGAAAACCUUCUUCAGGCUGUGCCCAGAAAGGCAUUUCGUGGAGCCACUGAUCUCAAGAAUUUGCAGUUGGACAAGAAUCAUAUAAGUUGCAUCGAGGAAGGGGCCUUUCGUGCUCUCCGUGGGCUGGAAGUAUUGACUUUGAACAACAACAACAUCAGCUCCAUUCCCAUCUCCAGCUUCAACCAUAUGCCCAAACUGCGCACCUUCCGCUUGCACUCCAAUCAGCUGAUCUGUGAUUGUCAUUUGGGUUGGCUUUCCCAGUGGCUCCGCCAGCGACCCACUAUUGGACUCUUCACACAAUGUGCUGGUCCUCCAUCUCUACGUGGUCUAAAUGUUGCAGAAAUCCAAAAGAAUGAAUUCAACUGUGCAGGCCAGGAUGAUGCUACCAGGAUUCACAUCUGCAGUUUUUCAUCUGGGUCCUGUCCUGCCAUGUGUACUUGUAGCAAUGGCAUUGUAGAUUGUCGUGGCAAAGGGCUAACAGCCAUCCCUGCCAACUUGCCAGAAACCAUGACAGAGAUACGUCUGGAACUGAAUGGCAUCAAGUCCAUCCCCCCUGGAGCCUUCUCAUCAUACAAGAAACUGCGCAGGAUAGACCUGAGCAACAACCAGAUUUCAGAGAUUGCGCCUGAUGCCUUCCAAGGCCUUCGUUCGCUCAACUCUCUAGUCUUGUAUGGGAACAAGAUCACAGAGCUGCCCAAAGGAGUAUUUGGAGGCCUCUAUGCACUACAACUACUGCUAUUGAAUGCCAACAAGAUUAACUGCAUCCGGGCAGAUGCCUUUGCUGACCUGCAGAACCUCUCACUGCUCUCUCUUUAUGACAACAAGAUCCAGACCCUGGCUAAAGGCACUUUUGCUACCCUGCGUGCCAUCCAGACACUCCAUCUGGCCCAGAACCCCUUUAUUUGCGACUGCAACCUGAAGUGGCUGGCAGACUUCUUGCGUGCCAAUCCUAUUGAGACAAGUGGUGCUCGUUGUGCCAGUCCCCGGCGUUUGGCCAACAAGCGCAUUGGACAGAUCAAGAGCAAGAAAUUCCGCUGUUCCCCCAAGGAGCAGUACUUCAUUCCAGGUACAGAAGAUUAUCAUUUGAACAGUGAAUGCCACAGUGAUGUGGUCUGCCCACCCAAGUGCCGCUGUGAAGCCAAUGUAGUGGAAUGUUCCAAUCUGAGGCUGACAAAGAUCCCAGAGCGCCUCCCACAGGCUACUGCUGAAUUACGCCUGAAUAACAAUGAAAUCACAGUGGUGGAGGUGACAGGUAUCUUCAAGAAACUCCCACACUUAAAAAAAAUAAAUUUGAGUAACAACAAGGUCUCAGAGAUUGAGGAUGGGGCCUUUGAGGGAGCAGCCUCAGUGAGCGAGUUACACUUGACUGCUAACCAGCUAGAGUCAGUGCGCAGCGCCAUGUUCCGGGGCUUGGAUGGGCUGCGGACGCUGAUGCUGAGGAACAACCGCAUCAACUGCAUUCAUAAUGACAGCUUCACUGGGCUGCGCAGCGUGCGCCUUCUCUCCUUGUAUGACAAUCAGAUCAGCAUUAUUUCACCCGGGGCUUUUGAUACAUUGCAGUCACUCUCUACUCUGAACCUGCUGGCUAACCCCUUCAAUUGCAAUUGUCAUCUGGCCUGGCUGGGUGAUUGGCUUCGCAAGAGGAAGAUUGUGACUGGGAAUCCACGCUGCCAUAAUCCAGAUUUUCUGCGCCAAAUCCCACUGCAGGAUGUUGCCUUCCCCGACUUCAGGUGUGAGGAAGGUCAGGAGGAGACAAUCUGCUUCCCACGCCCUCAGUGCCCCCAAGAGUGCACCUGCCUAGACACGGUAGUUCGUUGCAGCAAUAAGCACCUGAAAAACCUCCCAAAAGGAAUACCCAAGAACGUUACAGAGCUCUAUUUGGAUGGUAACCAAUUCAUCCUUAUCCCAGGACAACUCUCCACUUUCCGUUACCUGCAGCUGGUGGACCUGAGCAACAAUAAGAUCAGCUUCCUCAGCAACAAUUCCUUCACCAAUAUGAGCCAACUGACCACUUUGAUCCUCAGCUACAACGCAUUACAGUGUAUCCCCUCAUUGGCCUUUGAAGGUCUCCAUUCACUACGGCUGCUGUCUCUCCAUGGAAAUGAUAUCUCUACACUCCCUGAAGGGAUCUUUGCUGAUGUUACCUCCCUAUCUCACCUAGCAAUCGGUGCCAACCCCCUGUACUGUGAUUGCCACAUGCGCUGGCUCUCAGGCUGGGUCAAAACUGGCUACAAAGAGCCUGGCAUUGCUCGUUGUGCUGGUCCUGCGGAUAUGGAAGGCAAACUUUUACUCACCACUCCAGCCAAGAAGUUUGAAUGCCAAGGGCCUCCCCCACUGAUCAUUCAGGCCAAAUGUAACCCCUGUCUCUCCAGUCCUUGCCAAAACAGGGGCAGUUGUCAGCAAGAUCCUCUGGGCUCCUACCACUGUGCCUGUUCCAGUGGUUAUAAGGGGAAAAACUGCGAAUUCUCUGCUGAUGGUUGCUCCAGCAGGCCCUGUGAGAAUGGUGGGACCUGUCUUCCUCAAGAAGGAGAUGGAGCCAGCUUUAAAUGUUCUUGUGCAGAUGGAUUUGAAGGUCCAAGAUGUAAUCUGAAGACCAGUAGUUGCAACAGCAAUUGCAAGAAUGGAGGCACAUGUUUUAAUGGGUCCACCAACUACACAUGUUUGUGCCCACCCUUCUAUACAGGGACUUACUGUGAGCAGCCCGUGGAUGUCUGUUCCCCAGAGCUCAGCCCCUGCCAGCAUAAGGCCAUCUGCAGAGUUUCCCUUGAUGGACCCAAGUGUGAAUGUAUGCCUGGCUAUGUGGGAGAUAAUUGCAGUGUGGACUAUGAUGACUGCCUAGACCACCAAUGCCAGAACAAUGCCAAGUGCUUCGAUGAACCAAAUGGUUAUUCCUGUCUUUGUACUGGCGGUUUCAGUGGUCAGCUCUGUGAGAUCCCGCCUCAUGGCUCCUUUCAGUCCAGUCCCUGUGAGAGGGUAGAGUGCCAGAAUGGUGCCAACUGUGUGGAGUUAGGUAAUCGUGCCUUAUGCCAGUGCCUUCCUGGCUUUGGAGGACUCAAAUGUGAGAAGCUACUGAGUGUCAAUUUUGUGGAUAGGGACACAUACCUACAAUUCACGGAUUUGCAGAAUUGGCCCAGUGCCAACAUUACUCUGCAGGUCUCCACAGCCGAAGACAAUGGGAUUCUCUUGUAUAAUGGGGAUACUGACCACAUGGCAGUGGAGCUUUAUCAAGGCCAUGUGCGUGUCAGCUAUGAUCCAGGCACUUACCCUAGCUCGGCUCUUUACAGUGCAGAGACCAUCAAUGAUGGACAGUUCCAUACAGUGGAACUGGUGACAUUUGAGCGGAUGGUAAACUUAUCCAUCGAUGGAGGUGAUCCCAUGACCAUGGAUAGCUUUGGCAAGGCCCACACAUUGAAUUCUGAGGCUCCACUCUAUGUGGGGGGCAUGCCAGUGGAUGUGAAUUCUGCUGCCUUCCGCGUUUGGCAAAUCUUGAAUGGUUCCAGCUUCCAUGGAUGUAUCCGCAACCUAUACAUCAACAAUGAAUUGCAAGACUUUACUAAGACUCAGAUGAAACCAGGAGUUGUGCCUGGCUGUGAACCUUGCCGCAAGCUCUACUGUGUGCAUGGCAUUUGCCAACCCAAUACUGCUCACGGACCCAUUUGUUACUGUGAUUCAGGGUGGGCCGGGCCCCAUUGUGACCAGCCAAUUACUAACCCUUGCCAGGGACACAAGUGUGAACAUGGAAUCUGUAUGCCUCUUGAUGCACUCUCCUAUAGUUGCCAGUGCCAAGAUGGUUACAAAGGGGCCUUGUGCAACCAGGAAGUGGAACUACACAACCCAUGCAAGAGCUUAGAGUGUGUUCAUGGUCAGUGCCAGAUCUCGGAUGCAGGAGAAGCCUACUGUGAAUGUAGCCCAGGAUUCGAUGGGGAUCUCUGUGACCAAGAAUCAGAGUGUCGAGGAGAGGCUGUGCGAGAUUUCCAUCAAGUCCAGCGAGGUUAUGCCAUUUGUCAGACAACACGCCCAGUCUCCUGGAUGGAGUGUCAGGGAUCGUGCCCAGGACUAGGCUGCUGUGGAGGACUGCGUCUUAAGCGCAGGAAAUAUACCUUUGAGUGCAGUGAUGGCUCAUCCUUUGUGGAGGAAGUGGAAAAACCUAGCAAAUGUGGCUGUUCCCAUUGCAUGUAGUCUCCGGUGAGGGACAGGCCAUAGCCAGAGACCUGGGAGCGAGGCCUGCCCUAGCAGAAGCCUUGGGACAUUCCUGUAAUCUCCUCUUGCCUCUUGAGCUGCUUUGCAGAGGGGUGAGGAAGGAGACUCAGUUUGGAAUCUCAGCCACUUGUUUAUCAUGGUGACGGUGGCUAUUCAGGACAGAAGAGACAAAGGUGUAGAUAAAAGCUGUUUGUUUGUUGUUUUCUGCUGGCAAAUCCAGCUGAACAGAUGUAUUUAUAUCCAGCACAGAUUCUACCUGGGGCCACUGAUUGGGCACACCAUGGAUUCUUACUGAAGAUCUCCACAAUUGUUUGUGCUGCCAGUGUAAUGUCCUAAGAACCAUGCGCGUGGGUCUUGCCUGGCCUCAGGAACCAGUCAUUUCGUAUCUUUUGUACCUUAACUGGAAUCUCCUAUCUGCACCAUGCCUUCUUUCUUCUGUUGGGCAAUUCUACUUUUUCUCUUGCUGAGUAGCUUCUCUUAUUCUCAUUCUUACUACCUGCUCAUGGUAACUCCAUCUUCUGUUUAUGGGGCUAAACUGCAAGCAGUGCAGAGACCAGGAGAAAAUGGGACAUUAUUACAAGACUAGAAAAGAAAAAAUACUUCAGAAAAAGAGGAAGGAAUUGUUGCUGCCUACAGCUUAAUGGUUAUAAGGCACUGUGGAAUAAAAACAGCUUAGACAUGCAAUUGCAUUGUGGUCAUCGGUUGAAAGCUGCCUUCAUUUAUUAAUAAUAAAAAACCAGAUUGGCUGAGCCACCAGCAUUACUAUUGCUGUACUGUUGCAAUUUAGUGCCAACUUAUUUAGAAGUAAAACCUACUAAACUCCAUGGGAUUUAAUUUCUAAAUAAGACUAAGAUUUGAUUACAUGAAAGCUAAAGAAGAUCCUGGGCUAGAAACUGCAGGUCUGCUGGCAUGAAGGAAGAGGACUAGAUCCAAUUCCUUGAUGCAAAUUCUGCAAUUGCCACAAUAAUUUCUUUAAUUCCUUACUCUUAUCACAGUCUUCCAUACCAUAAAAUCAUUUUCUGCUACAUGCCACUUGAUUAUUGUAACAAGUCUGGACUGAUGGAAGAUGCCAGUUCUACAGUCCAAUUGCUAUCACCUCUAGAAUAACCUUGUUCACCCCCAUCAUUAUUCAUGGAGGGAGGAGGACAAAUGAAUAGCAUGUAUUUCUUGCAUUCAGCUUAUUGUAUUGCUACUUUUCAGCCAUGCAGUAGGAUGCAGCAGGCCUUCCCAUAAAAUAGAACCCUUGUCCUUCUGUAAACGAGAGAGGAAUGAGAUUGGGACUGUACUACACUCAGUGGGAAUAAGAUGGAGCAAGGCAUUUAAAAUAAAAUAAGCUGAGUGUCUUCUCUUUCUGUCUCCAAAUCCCUGCUUGAGAGAGGGCUUUUGUGGUGGACUUUAACUGCAGGAACAAAUUGUUCAAUGUUUCCUGUCAAUAAAUGAAUUCUGUUGGUACUUCUUAC